AGGUAGUGACCAUUGAUACCUAAACAGUAGUUGGUUUUGGCGCUUUAGGAUUAUUUGUGGGCGAUGGCUGAAGAGAAGAGCAGAAUCCUGAUAAUCGGAGCCACAGGGAAACUGGGCCAUUAUUUGGUGAACGCUAGCCUGGCAUCUGGCCAUCCAACAUUCGCUCUCGUCCGAGAAACCUCUUCCUCUGAACCCCAAAAAGCUCAACUCCUCCAUUCCUUGGCAAAUGCCGGAGUGAAACUCAUUCAUGGUUCGCUGCAAGAUCUGGAGAGUCUCGUUAAAGCGAUAAAGCAAGUAGAAAUCGUUAUCUGCGCCAUUCCUUCCAAAAAUGUCCUCGAUCAGAAGCUCCUCAUUCAAGCUAUCAAAGAAGCUGGAUGCAUCAAAAGGUUCAUUCCAUCAGAAUUUGGAGCAGAUCCUGAUAAAGCCCAGAUUCCUGACCUUGACUAUGGCUUCUAUGCAAAGAAAUCAGAGAUCCGACGUGUUAUAGAAAAGGAAGGCAUUCCAUACACCUACAUCUCCUGCAACUUCUUCACAAGAUAUUUACUUCCAUCACUUGCGCAACCAGGUCUUAAUACGCCUCCAAGAGACAGAGUCAAGAUCUUUGGAGAUGGAAACACAAAAGCUGUUUUUGUGGAGGAAUCUGAUGUUGCUACCUUUACAAUAUGUACUGUCGAUGACCCGAGGACUUUGAACAAAGUGUUGUAUCUGAGGCCUCCUGGCAAUGUUUGCUCCAUGAAUGAGCUGGUUGAGAUUUGGGAGAUGAAGAUUGCAAAGAAGCUUGAGAAGGUUUACAUAUCAGAGGAACAACUUCUUAAGAGCAUUAAAGAGACUCCAUUCCCGAGCAACUCUGAGAUGAUCUUUAUAUAUUCUGCUUUCAUAAAGGGAGACCAUACAUACUUUGACAUCGAACCCUCCGGCAUCAAUGUCUUUCACAUUUUUCAUGUCUUUUAGACUGUUCAACAAGGUCCACAUCAUAUGUGGCCCACAUAUAAAAAAUCUGAUCAAAGGUUCUUCACUGUCCAUAUGGUGAUGAUUUAGAAACUUCUUUUGUGGACAGUUAUCCAUAACUUGCUUUUCUAUAGACAGUGGUGAUAUAUGAUUAGUGAGCUUUUUGACGUGUGGCCCAUCUACAGCAGGACCUUCUAGAUGAACAGUCUGGAUCAAUAUGUGGUUAGGAAGGACUGUGACAAGCUUGGCUGAGCCUGCUUGGCAUUUUCCCCCAGAGUUAUAUGGUGGGAGGGAUCCCUAAGUCUCACUCACCUGUGAAGCUUGCUACAGUGUCAGGAAAUGCAAGGUAGUGUCUAUUGUUGAUUUUCUUUUGUAGCCAUAAGCUUUUCUCAUGAUCAUAUAACCCCAAAUGGUUGAAUUGGCCUGAUCUGUGGGCUAGGGAAUGGUUACUGUCGGACCUACCUAAUUAAUUGCCCAGGUUGCAUCAGUGAGUCAUGUUGGCAUAUUUGCUGUAAUUCACCCCAUCCACUCUCAUUGUGCAAAUAACCUUAGCAUUUGUCAACUAAGAAAAAGAGCAACAACACAGCUCCUAAUGACAUACUCAAGCCAAGACUUUGUACCGUACUGUAAUGACCUAAGUGCUUCUCCAAGCGUGAACUGUGCGGCACGUGCCUGGUAAGCCCUUUGUUGAUGAGUUAGCCAACUACCCAAGUGUUGCCAAGCUACUUAGAAGAGGAGAGAGCAAAUAGGGAGAACUUGCAUUGCAUUGAGAACUCAAUAAUGCUUACAACAUCUGAGUUUGCUGAGGUUGACUACAAAUGAAGGCUUCGUUGUAAUGUAAAAGCGUCAUCAUUACAAUUUUUCAAUGUUUGUUUAAACUCAACUUGGCAUGUAAUUCGGUGGUCAAAUCCAUAUAUGAUAGGAGAUGGGUAAUGUAAAAGUAUCAUCAUUCUACUUUUACCAUGCUUAUCCAAACACGAGAAUUAUGUAUCAAAUUACCUUGUGACCAAAAGAUGGGUAUUGCAAUUUGUAA